AAUCUGUGCUAACACCUUCUUAGGAAAUUAGUUGAAAAAGAUUAUACUUUAUGCACUUCAGAUAACCUUAUGGGUUUAUAAUGCACAACAUAAGAUCUCCAACAGCUGUUUUUUCAAUGUAAAGGUGUCCUCAUAGGUCUCUAAACAGUCAACAAAUUAAACUGUGUUCUUUGAAAUGAGUCAGUUCCCUAUUUUAUGAAAGGCUUCUCCUACGCUGGUCUGGAUUUCAUAUUCACUUCCCUUCCUGCCAAAAGAAAACAGAGCCCUAAAUGCUUAUUAGGGCUUUUUUUUCACAGUGAGCUAUGUGCAACUGAAACAGUCUCUGGUGACUAUCAACAGAGCUGGGACAAAUGUAAACCUGGAGUUUGCAGGACAGCAUCUCAUGCUCCUAAUGACCAUAUAAAGCUAGACUUGUCUUGACUGAUCUCAGACACAGCAGAAGUUGCCAAAAUGCAUUCACACACAUACACAAUCACUUGUAUGGUUCUCUCAUAGGCGGUCACACUCCCCCCUAAAGUGACCGACCGUGAGUUUAAUUGCUUUCCUGUGGAGAAAAAUCCCCUUUCUCCUGACUGUUAUGGGGUUUUGUCCACACAGUAAAUAUUAACCUCUUCCUGCAUUAGCCGGUCACUCUUACAAUCUGCUCUGUGACUCUUUUCGCCUCAGCAGGCCUGCUGUUUGUUAUCACUGUCAGAGGCUGAGGUUGAAGAUAAGGCCCGACUGUCACUUAGAGGCUUCUUCUGCAGAAAUUAUACAGAUAGAUGUAAAAGGAGAAACACGUUGCAGUUAAUGAUGUUCAAGUGUUUGUUUGACAUGUUUUUCAUUGUCAUUAAGUCAUUUUUCCAUCCUAACAAUGAUGUCUAUGCCAAGUACAUCUAGUUACACAGGAGAGUGGAGGAAAGGGUCCCUGCCCCCACAGCACUUUAUAAACUCCUACCUAACAAGAACAAUCUGUGUGAAGGCCGCAGAGCUCAGACACUCACUGGGAGGCUGAAGGGGGAGGAGAACAGUGGAGAGGCACUAUCCAGACAAACCUCCAGCCUGAAAUCUGAAACUACAGAAGUGGCGUGGCUCGCAGAGCAUUUGCAACUCUUUGCUGUGCUGUCUCUCCCCUCACAGUUUAUUUUUUCCAGAGGCGUUUCACUCAUCAUCGUUCAGAGGUGAUUCCAACAGAGACACUUCUCCUUCCACAUUGGAUGAUCCUGAGGGGAAACCAUGCUCCCAAUGGCCCUUCAUCUAUUUGGUCUGUACGUGGUGUUUUGCAUCAGCAGCAGCUUGGCCAACCCAUUACCUUUUCACAGUCCUCUAGAAGGAAGUACAGAUGAGGAAGAAAUCAGUAUCUUCACUUCCUCUCUGCCAACUGGCAACCUUUCCUCUGAGUACCAAACCACACCUGCUGGCCCCAUCCAUGUGGAAACUGACUUUCUGAAUCAGGCGGUGGACUUUCUGGUGGAGAACAUGCUCCUUAUACUUGUCGCAGGCUCCUUCAUCCUUCUUGUCCUCCUCAUUAUUUGUGGAGCAAUCAUCAUGAGCCGCAGGCGCAAAGUCAAUGCUUACUACCCGUCCUCCUUCCCCUCAAAAAUGUACGUGGACCACAUGGACAAAACCGGAGGUGCUAAGAUCUUUAAUGAAGUACCAGAAAAACAUGUACCUGAGCAGGAAAGUGAGCCAGUGGACUCUCACAAGCAGCUCCAGGCGGAUAUCAUGAUGGCUGCCAAGAGGCUGCGUACACCAAAUAAAUGUGUUGAUGCUGCAGAAGGAGGUGACCCCAGUGAGAACGUUGCAGACCAGAGUCCUGAGGACAGCUCUCAGGCAGAUGGCAGCAUCCUGGAGGAGCUGCUUCCGACUCUCCCUGAGGAGAAGGAGCUGUGUGAGCUUUCUGACAGUGAAGCAGCGGCAGCAAGAGGCCCUGAGACGAAUCCUCCAGAGGAAGAGGAUCCACAGGAGCCUUUAACUGGCAGGGGUCUUCGGCCGUCCUCUAUGAUAAUCCACAAUGACUCUGCUUCACUUCAACUGAUUGCAGGAGAAAAAACUGCCUUCUGAAUGUUCUGAAAACUGACAUGAAGCUUUGACUCCAUGGAUGGCAAUCAGUCAACUUACUUAAAACAUUUUAAUGUAUAAAGGGAAAUGCAGAAAAGUAGCUAAUUUCAAUCACAGCUGUAUUUUUACAAUAUGUUAUGUUUAUAUUCAGUGCAGGAAAGCUGCACGCUGAAGACUGAUGCUUUACUCAGAUUGGAUCAUUAUUUCCGGCAAUAUUCCAAACAUGACUCACAAACUACCGUCAUUAAACUCUGUUUCAGAACAUUUCGGUAAGCAUGUGUCUAAUAACUUAAACAAUGUACGGUCCUAUACACCAUGCUCUUCUGCAAAGGUGUUGACCGAUCAGUACAUAAAUGUUCAAAAUGAGUCAAGUAAAGAAAACCACUUCCCAAAAUGA